AUGUCUACCAGUUACAAAAAAAACCACCGAAAACGACUGCGUUUAAGCAGAAACCCUAAUUUGGCGCCGGAGUUGGAAUCAAAGAUAGCGACGGCAGAGGAAACAAACAAUGAUUCACUUCCCAAUCUUCCUAUCGAUCUGGUGGCUGAAAUCUUCUGCAGACUACCUGUGAAACUCCUGGUACAGCUCCGAUGCAUGUGCAAGUCAUGGAAUUCUCUAAUCUCCGAUCGCAGUUUCACCAGAAAGCACCUCUGCCUCUCCACCACUCGCCGUCUCCAUUCCGCCGCAUACGAACAUAAACCCGACGGGUUGGUUCACAAUUCUUACCCACUCGAAUCGGUUUUAUCCACUAAAGUCAAACAACAGCGUCUCCCUUUCAACAGCAUCGUUGCUUCUUGUGACGGCAUCCUUUGUCUCUCCGAUAUAUAUGAAGGUAUUGUUGUUUUGUGGAAUCCUUCUAUUAGAAAAUUCAAGGAAUUACCACCCCCUUUCGAAAACAUUCAAAUUCGUAAAAGGGUUUUUAUGACCUUCGGUUUCGGCUAUGAUCACGUUUCUGAUAAUUACAAAGUGGCCGUCCUUUACUACACCGAGUCGGACGCAACUAAAGUAAGAGUUCAUACUUUGGGCACAGAUUUUUGGAAAACCAGUGAGAGCUUUCGUUUUGGUGCUGUCUGUGAUGAACAAACCGGAACAACUGUAAGAGGUACCAUUAAUUGGAUGGCCUUUACUGAAUGGCCUCGCAAAGGUCCGUUCUUCAUUUUUUCUUUUGAUUUGGGAAACGACUCUUGUCAUAAGCUUUUGCCUCCUGAUCAUGCUGAGAUCAGUCCGGAUUACUUGAGAUUGUCUGUCUUGAUGGACUGCUUGUGCUUAAUUUCUGAUCAUCAUAUUUGGAUCAUGAAGGAAUAUGGAAUUCAAGACUCUUGGACUAAAUUGCUCUCCGUUUCAUACAUGCAACAUCCUUCUAAGUGUUAUAUCUUGUGCAAGGCAUUGUAUAUUUUUGAGGAUGACAGACUGCUGCUUGAAACUCAUGAGUUUCCUCAUGAGGAUGAGGAUGGGAAAAAGAAGUUGGUUGUUUAUGAUCCAAAGAAUGAUACUUUUAAGGUUACUAGGUUUACAAACGUCCUAAAUGUCUGUCUUGAAACUUUGAUUUCACCUUGCUCUUAA